GCCGAUGUAUGAGCUGCUGGACAAAUGGUGAUCAUGUGUUUGCCACGUAUCACCUGAUUACCUCAUUUCUGAUCAUCCGAAACAGGGGAUCUCCCAGCAAGCAAUAGUGGGGGUAAUCUCUCCGAGUUCCAAUCUCUGAUAACUGAUAUCAAAAACUGUCAUCCAAUCCUGUUCUAAAUGUGCUCCAUAUCCAACCCCACAUCUAAACAAACAUAAAUGGAACCCAUAUCCAUAACUCCAUGCUCCAAAAUCUAUUUGCCUAAUCCAAGAAUAUCAGCAAAAGCCCACUUCAACUGUUCACUCAUCACACCAGUAACCCACUUGAAUUCCCUGAAAAACAGCACCAUUCAACUUGAGAAUGCUAAAGAUAUAACUUUACCAACCAUGGCUGACAUUUUAGCCUCAUCCAAGACCCAGAACCUCGAUCUCCAGCUCAAAACACUAGGACCUUUCUUUAGAAUCACAGCAAGGAGUCUUGAUACCCUUAAUGAGCUUGGAAGAGCUGAAGGGCUCAUAAGGGUUUGGUUGGGAGGCAAGAUUCUUCAUUUGGAUUCGAUAAGAUUGAGAAGAGAGACGAUGGGCAUGGAGAGGUCAAUUUUCGGCAUUGGUUUGUUUAUUGGAGCUGUUGCUAUUCGGUAUGGAUAUGAUUGUGGGUGUAGAACUGCUGAGUUGCUUGCUAUUAAUGACACUGAUCUUUACCAUUCUAAGCUUGUUAGGUUCUAUACAAGAAUUGGGUUCAAGACUGUCCAUGAAGUAACUGGUUCAACAAUUGGAGAUCUUGCUCAUAUGUUGGUCUGGGGAGGCAUAGGAACUCGAAUGGAUGCUGAUAUUGAAGAGCUUCUAAUAAAAUGGUGCUCCAGGUUCAAACAUCGAGAUUGAUUUCAUACCAUUUCUUAAAAAGUUUGUCCUGUGAUGCAAAGGCUGAAAACCUGAACUGAAUGAAUCUUGUAUGUUUAAAGCACUGCUCUAAUCUCUUUUGGGCCUAUCUGAAUAGAAAGUUUUUCCCAGCAAUUUACUUGAGCUAACUAGACACUCAAUUUAGGCAGUUGACAUGUGCCAAAAGGAGGGGAAAGGUACUUCUCUUGAACUUCUGUUUGAUUGAAGUAAUUAAAUUGUAAAACAAUGUGCAGAAUAGACUGUAGAAAGAAUGACCAUUGCUUGGAUGUAGAUAUUGUAGUCAUAUACAAUCUUGCUUGUGUUUCCUAAGUUUCCCUUCAAAUCUGUACUUUUUACUACUUUUUAAUGAUUAUUAUUUAGUGGAAAUAAUAAUUUUCUAGAA